AUGGACUCGUGGGUUUCGCACGAUGGCCUCCCAGCUUACGGGUCUCGUGAGCAUCCCAUCACUUUCUCUCCAACUCCGUCACCCCCGUCUCCUCCUUACGACGCCAAUGCGCAGGUAGAAGGCGAUAUCAAGCUUCCGAUUCCGAAUCCCAAUCGAAGAGAUCGACUCAAAGAUAUGAAGUUCGGGCCGUACAGUCCGCUGAUAGAUUCGGACAGCGAUGCAAUAGAACCUACUGCUUCCGACGAUGAGGACGACGACCGAAAGGCUACGGGAUUUCCGGCCUCCUCUUCCAUUUCCUUCCGCCGCCCACAUACCCAACCAAACGACCAGCCAAGAGAGACGACGCUCGCCGGCCCGGCCAUGGGCUUUCAAGCCUCCUCUUCCAUUUCCUUUCGCCGCCCAAACAACCAGCCAAACAACCAGCCAGGAGAGAGGACGCUCGCUCCUUUCGUCUGGGACGCUUCUUCGCAAGGGAAUCUCACCGCGCCUUCGGCCGCCACACGAGGAUCCACCGCCACGACCCAUACCGCUGCCGAGCUCGACAUGGGCCUGUCACCUGUAGCGGAUAACAGGCAUACUCUUAACACCACUUCAAGGAACGAGUUCAGUCUGCCGGUUCCUGUUGCGACUCUCCGACCCGGAAAAGCCGUCAAGAGCAAUUCGGGUGAGCGGAUCGGCCACCGACCUUUGAUGUUACGACCGACGGCGGGAUCAUUAUCAACGACAAGAUUACGACGGACAACGGGAUCGGCAUCGCCGCUACUUUCAUCUACAGCACUACAGUUACAGUCGUCGCUAGCAUCAGCACUAGCAGCAGCGCUAGCAGCCUCGUCAGCAGCAGCACCACCACCACCAUCAAUUCAAUCCCGUCCGACCUCUAGACCCGUCGUGGAAAUCACCCCGGGCAAAACGUGGUGGGUACCCGGUUGGUGUGCCGGCCCCGAUGGAAAACCGAUGCGGAUCUCGAGCGAAGGCAGAUAA